AUGGUCGACGGAAAAGUAUGCAAUGCAGUGUGUGAUAAUAAAUCCACGUUAAAAUGUUACAUUUGCGGUGCAACAUCUAAGGACUUUAAUGACAUUAGUAAAAUAACUCGUAUAAAAAUCGACGAAUCGAACAUAAAGUUAAAUUUUGGGCUAUCUAUAUUACAUGCCUGGAUACGAUUUUUUGAAUGUUUGCUUCAUUUAUCUUACAAAUUAAAUUUAAAAAAAUGGCGAGUAUUAGAUAGCAAAAGUAAGGAAGUUAUUAAAACUAAUAAAAUUAGAAUUCAACAAGAAUUUAAACCACAAUUAGGACUAAUAGUAGAUAAACCAAAACCUGGGUUCGGUUCCUCAAAUGAUGGAAAUACGUCACGCAGAUUUUUUGAAAAUUCUUUCAUAUCAUCUUCUAUAACUGGAAUAGAUGAAGGUAUAAUAAAACAAUUUCAAGUUGUACUUUUAGUCAUAUCAAGUGGUUAUAAUAUAAAUGUGGAUAAAUUCAAAAUUUUUACUCUUGAUACGGCAAAAAACUUUGUCAAUAAAUAUCCAUGGUAUCCAAUGUCUACAACUGUACAUAAAAUUUUAAUUCAUAGUUCAGAAGUUAUAUCGUCUUGUAUCUUGCCUAUUGGUCAAUUGUCCGAGGAAGCGCAAGAGGCACGUAAUAAGGAUUUUAGAAAAUAUCGUGAGGACUUUUUACGUAAAAUGUCAAGAAAAGUUACAAUGGAAGACGUUUUCAAUCGUCUUCUUGUAUCAUCAGAUCCAUAUAUAUCUAGUAUGAGAAACCUGCCAAAAAAAGAACUGAAAACUUAUUCUAAAGAAGUUUUAGACUUGUUACAACCUCCUGAUUAUAAUUUAGACACCGAAGAAAAUAUUAACGAUUCCAGUUCAGAUUCUGAAUAUAAUUCCAGUAUAGAUAGUAGCGACUAG